AUGCCCAGCUGGACCCAUUCCAGACGCCGCGACAUCCUGUAUGUGGAGCGCUCGGCUCAGCGCCGCUUCCUCAACGAGUACCGCUCCCAGCUGAAGCAGUAUGAGCCUGUGCUCAGGGCUCGUGGAGAAAUUGUGGGGAAUGCGCUGCUGACAAGCAUCUUCGAGCAGAGCCUGCACAAGGACGGGUCCAAGGCCCCCAUAUCCUACACGGGCAUCAUUGAGUCCUCCCUCGCCGACACGUCUCUGGCCAUGCUGCCGCUAAAGUCCAUGAUGGCGCCGCUGGAGCCGCUGCUGCCUCCCAUCCUGACCCCCUUCCAAAUCCAGGAGAAGGAGCGCCAAGUCAUGCUGCUCCUCUCCGUGGUGGCAGUGGGGUGUGCGAUCGGGGGCUACGGCCUCGGCAGCUUUGUGAGCCGACGCGGAGGCAGGGAGGAGCCCAAGUGA